UUAUUGACUAUUUAAGGGUUCUUUGGGUUUUUUUUUAAGUGAUCUACUUGGAACACUUUCUCAUAGGGAAACAUUCAGAUGUCCACUCUUCGGAAAAAAAAAAGGUUCUUCGAGGGGUCUUUAAGGUUUUAGUGACUAAGUAAUGUUUCUUAAGGUUUUUUUUUUGUAGGGGUUUACUUGAAGCACUUCCUCACAGGGAAACAUUCAUGUGUACUCUCUUAGAGGAAAAAAAAAGAGUUCUUCAAGGGUUCCUUAAUUUGAUUUAGUGGUCUUUUGCCCAGGUUAACAUUCAAACAUAAAGAACUAAGAGCCGCACUAAAACGCCGCCUUGGAUAAAUAAAUAGAUGGAGAGAUGGAGCAGCUGUCGCGGAAACAACGUCAAAACGAUCCCCUCCUCCCCAACGGGCACUGUGGCUUCAUCCCAAACCGCUUCCUACACCCUACACAAGUGCGCUAGAUAAAUGUAUGAAAUAAUGGCUUUUACACCCGUUGUAGUGCACUAGAUGUCCAUUGAGGACCGGUUUGUAGCUCAGCCAACGCAUCUCCGCGAUACAUGGUUGGAUCCCAAAUUGCUCUGUACUUCCUGUACACGUGCACUACAAAGGAUACGAAAGACACGGCGUCUGCGCGUUAGGUAGCGCCCUGUGUGUUUAUUUGGAAGGCGCUCUGAGAUUCAGGACCGCGGUCAGCGCCCAUAGCCGCUUUUUUUCCCUCGGUAAGUGGCCAUCGCUGGUUGCCAAUCGCCAAAGAGCAUCUGGAAAAGCAGAGAGAGAGAGAGAGAGAGAGAGAGAGAGAGUAAGAGAGAGAGGGAGAGGGAGAGGGCUGAAAAGAAAGUGCAUUUAUGAAAAAGAUACAUUUCUGAAAGCUUCGCAUUAUUUGUAACACUGUAACUAGAUUCUAAAAGCAAACACAGAAGAAAAGAAAAGAAAAGAAAAAGAAAGCAACAGUUACUCAGAGCGACUCUACAGGCUGUCGGGAAGCAGGUUAUUUCCAGACUAACGGAAAUUUCAUGGAGUGAAGUUUGAAGCUUUGAUGGCACAUCAAGUCGUCUCACUUUUCCGUUCGCGCCGGCGCGUCUCCGCGGCUCUUCUGUGACUCCACGGCGCGUAUUUUUUGCUCUCCCCCUCUCCCUUCCCCCUUCUUAAAUUUACCUUUAACUUCGAGCCACCAUGCUGGACCCGUCCUCGAGCGAGGAGGAAGAUGAGGUGGUGGAGGAAGAGCGCAAAGCGGCGGUGGUGGCGCCUCCAAAAGCCACCGGUAGCGCGCGGGUCUCAUCGAGCCGCUCCGGCCAGAGCGCGAGCGGCUCACAGCCCAGCCGCGGCGGUGGCCACGCGCGGCCCUCCAGCCCCGGACCCGCGGCCACCAGCGACAAGGAGAAAGACGAGGUGGAGAAGAUGCAGAGGGAGGAAGAGGAAAGAAAGAAGAGGUUGCAGCUCUACGUGUUCGUCAUGCGCUGCAUCGCGUACCCGUUCAACGCCAAGCAGCCCACGGACAUGGCGAGGCGGCAGCAGAAGAUCAGCAAACAGCACCUUCAGGUAGUAAAGGAUCGCUUCCAGGCCUUCUUGAAUGGAGACACGCAGAUCGUGGCAGAUGAGGCAUUCAUUAAUGCCGUCCAGAGCUAUUACGAGGUGUUUCUGAAGAGCGACCGGGUUUCCCGCAUGGUCCAGAGCGGCGGCUGCUCGGCCAACGACUCACGCGAGGUCUUUAAGAAGCACAUCGAGAAGCGAGUGCGCAGCUUACCCGAGAUCGACGGCCUGAGCAAGGAGACGGUGCUGAGCUCCUGGCUGGCUAAGUUCGACACCAUCUACCGCGGCGAGGAGGAUCCCCGGAAGCACCAGCAACGCAUCACGGCCAGUGCUGCCUCCGAGCUCAUCCUCAGCAAAGACCAGCUGUAUGAAAUGUUCCAGCAGAUCCUCGGCAUCAAGAAAUUUGAGCAUCAGCUGCUCUACAAUGCCUGCCAGCUGGACAACCCAGACGAGCAGGCCGCACAGAUCAGACGAGAACUCGAUGGCCGCCUUCAGAUGGCUGAUCAGAUAGCGAAAGCUGGGAAGUUCCCCAAGUUCAUGUCAAAGGACAUGGAGGUGCUGUACAUCGAAGAGCUGAAGUCGUCAGUGAACCUGCUCAUGGCCAAUCUGGAGAGCAUGCCCGUGUCUAAAGGAGGAGAGUUCAAGCUGCAGAAACUGAAGCGAGGCCACAACACAUCUAUCAUCGACAUGGGCCAGGAGGACGAGAACCAGCUCUCCAAGUCUGACGUGGUUCUUUCCUUUACGCUAGAGGUUGUGAUUAUGGAGGUUCAGGGUUUGAAGUCGCUCGCUCCCAACCGCAUCGUCUACUGCACCAUGGAAGUGGAAGGAGGCCAGAAACUCCAGACUGACCAAGCCGAAGCCUCCAAACCCACUUGGGGAACUCAAGGAGACUUCACCACCACACACCCGCUCCCUGCUGUCAAGGUGAAGCUGUUCACUGAGAGUACCGGAGUAUUGGCACUGGAAGACAAAGAGCUGGGAAGGGUUGUUUUACAUCCGACUCCCAAUAGCCCCAAACAGUCCGAGUUACACAAGAUGACGGUGUCUAAAGGCUGCGCCGACAGCGACCUGAAGAUUAAACUUGCUGUACGCAUGGACAAACCUCAGAACAUGAAACACUGUGGAUACCUUUGGGCCAUCGGGAAGAACGUGUGGAAGAGGUGGAAGAAGAGGUUCUUUGUCUUGGUGCAGGUGAGUCAGUACAACUUCGCCAUGUGCAGCUACAGAGAGAAGAAGGCAGAACCUGUGGAGCUUCUCCAACUGGAUGGAUACACUGUGGACUACACCGACCCUCAGCCAGGGUUGGAUGGAGGCAGGACUUUCUUUAACGCUGUGAAGGAAGGCGACACUGUGAUUUUUGCCAGCGAUGAUGAGCAGGACCGGAUCCUGUGGGUUCAAGCCAUGUACAGAGCCACGGGCCAGUCACACAAACCCAUCCCUCCAACACAGGUCCAAAAACUCAACGCUAAAAAAGGAACAGCACCGCAGCUCGACGCUCCAAUUUCACAGUUCUACGCAGACCGUGCGCAGAAACACGGGAUGGACGAGUUCAUCUCGGCGAACCCCUGUAACUUCGAUCACUCCUCGCUGUUCGAGAUGGUGCAGCGCCUCACGUUGGACCACAGACUAAACGACUCCUACUCCUGCCUGGGUUGGUUUAGUCCUGGUCAGGUGUUUGUCCUGGACGAGUACUGUGCCAGAAACGGUGUACGGGGUUGUCACAGACACCUGUGCUACCUGAGUGACCUGUUAGAGAGAGCUGAGAACGGAGCGAUGAUCGACCCUACGCUGCUUCACUACAGCUUCGCGUUUUGUGCUUCACACGUACACGGCAACAGUCUGAGAGUGUGUGAGCUGAUUAAAUGGCCGGUGUGUGAGGCUGAUCUGCUCAGUGCCCUGUCCCCGGCUCCUCCCGCCCCGUCUAAAAAAGAGCACAGACUGGUGGAGCUGAUGAGAAAGCGGGACUCUAAGUCCCAGGUGACGGCAGGGCUCAGAAGGCCUGAUGGAAUCGGCACUGUCACAGUGGAGGAACGCGAACGCUUCGAGGAGAUAAAAGAACGACUACGAGUGUUGCUCGAAAACCAGAUCACACAUUUCAGGUACUGUUUUCCGUUUGGACGGCCAGAGGGGGCACUGAAGGCAACUCUCUCUCUGCUGGAAAGGGUGUUGAUGAAGGACAUCGUAACUCCGGUUCCCCAGGAGGAGGUGAAGGCCGUGAUCAGGAAAUGUCUGGAACAGGCGGCACUGAUAAACUACCAGCGUUUAUCUGAGUACGCCAAAGUAGAAGUUGAGAAAUCUCAGAAGGAUCAGAAGGAUCCAGAGAAUGUAGGCCGCUUAAUUACGCCUGCCAAAAAACUGGAGGACACUCUCCGCCUGGCCGAGCUGGUCAUCGAGGUGCUGCAACAGAACGAGGAGCAUCACGCAGAGGGUAAAGAGGCAUUUGCAUGGUGGUCUGACCUCAUGGUGGAACAUGCAGAGACGUUUCUUUCCCUCUACGCUGUGGACAUGGACGCAGCGCUGGAAGUCCAACCUCCAGACAGCUGGGACAGUUUUCCUCUCUUCCAGCUGCUGAACGACUACCUGCGGCUCGACUAUAACCUGUGUAACGGGAAAUUCCACAAGCACCUGCAGGAUCUCUACGCUCCUCUAGUGGUGAGAUACGUGGACCUGAUGGAGUCCUCCAUCGCCCAGUCUAUACACCGGGGCUUCGAGCGCGAGUCCUGGGAGCCUGUAAAGAGUUUAACAAGUAAUCUGCCCAAUGUCAGCCUUCCAAUUGUGAACCUCCAAAUGCCCAAAGUUCCAAAUCUGCCGGUGUCAGUUAAUCUGCCACCAGUGCAAAUACCUCUCUUUUCCACCCCCAGCUGGAUGACGGCCAUAUCGGACGCAGAUAACGGUUCGGGGACGUCUGAGGAUCUGUUCUGGAAGCUGGACGCUCUGCAGACGUUCAUCAGAGACCUGCACUGGCCUGAGGAGGAGUUCGCUAAACACCUGGAGAUGAGACUUAAACUCAUGUCCAGCGACAUGAUCGAGUCGUGCGUGAAAAGGACGAGGGUGGCGUUUGAAGUGAAGCUGCAGAAGAGCAGUCGGACCACAGACUUCCGCGUCCCUCAGUCCAUCUGCACCAUGUUUAACGUCAUGGUGGACGCCAGAGCCCAGUCUGCCAAACUGUGUGCCAUGGAACUCGGCCAGGAGCGACAGUAUCACUCUCAAAUCGACAACUUCAUCGAGGAGACGGUGAAGGAGAUGAUUACUUUACUGGUGGCAAAGUUUGUGGUGAUUUUGGAGAGCGUUCUGGCCAAACUGUCUCGGUACGAUGAGGGCACGCUGUUCUCCUCCUUCCUCUCGUUUACUGUCAAAGCCGCCUCAAAAUACGUGGAUGUACCUAAACCUGGCAUGGAUGUAGCCGACGCCUACGUGACGUUCGUCCGCCACGCUCAGGACAUCUUGCGGGAUAAGGUCAAUGAGGAGAUGUACAUAGAAAGAUUAUUUGAUCAAUGGUACACUAGCACGAUGAACCUACUGGGUACCUGGUUAACAGAUCGCAUGGACCUGCAGCUUCACCUGUACCAGCUGAAAAUCCUCAUUCGAAUUGUAAAGAAAAAAUACCGCGAUUUCCGUCUACAAGGCGUCCUAGACUCCACUCUGAACAGCAAGAUGUACGAAACGGUGAAGAACAGGCUGAUGCUGGAAGAGGCCACGGCGUCUGUGAGGGAUGGAGGGAUGCAAGGCAUCUCCAUGAAGGACAGCGAUGAAGAAGACAAUUAGGCGCCACGUGGAGCGACCAUGUUUGGUGUAGUCUGCCGAAGCGAUGCAUGUACUCCGUUCGUCAUGCUUCCUUAAUAAUUUUUAAUUUCGAGUCUAACGACCGAUAACGGGGGCCAAUGUUAAUUACUGAUAUGAGAUGAGAAAAACAAAAAAUAUAUAUAUUUAAUGUUUGUCAGAAGAUUGUUGUAACAAACGGGGGGUUUGGGGGGGGGGGUGUUGGUGGUGGUAUGAUGAAUCAAAAUCUGUGUUUUACAAGUAAUAAUGUCCAAAAUGCGUUCCUAAAUGUUUCGAAGCAAUAUGGCGUACUACUUGUAAGCGAUGUUUUGCGUCAGAUGGUUAGGAAUGUAUGCCCUGUUGUGUCCCUGUUUAAUGCAAACGUGUACGGCGCUUCUUAUGUGUACUGUAAAUAUAUGAAUGGUACAUAAUUGUGCAUAGUCUCCGUUGGAGGUUUUUUUUUUUCCGACUGUAUGCCAAACGAAUUGAUUAUGUUGUAUCGAACUGGUUUGAGGUGUUUAAAGGUAGUGUUUACACAAUAAAUGAAUAGUCAAUCAAUAAUCACAGUAUCUCUGGUACCACAAGCCAUCUGGAACGGCCAUCUUUUUUUUUUUUUUAAAUGAGUUAGUAGAUAUUUUAGAAAUGCAAUAUUCUGAAAUAAUUAUGAUAUACUUUGACUAAUAUGGACAAUAUAUUUAUGUUUUUAUGUCAUUUUGUGAUUUAUAAAUAUGCUUUUUACAUAUUUUAUCUAUUAGCCAGUACAUAAUCUAAAGCCUCACUUUUCAUACCAUUCCUGCAAAUGAUUUUUUUUCUAUCUUGCUCUCGACAUUGUUGCUUUUCAUCAUAUCUGAUGCUGUGUAUUGCCCUUGGUGCAUCCAUGUUAUGUAAAAAAGAAAAAAAAUCAUAUAAAAACAUCCAAAGAGCUCUGAA